CGUCACGAAGUUCGCUUUACCUCAGCUUAACAAGGUGUGGUCUAUUGCCCAAUCAAAGCUCCCGAAAAACAUUCACAACUUCACCAUUCGUUACAUUAACAACUCUCUUCCGACGCGCAAAAACCUAAACAGAUGGGCAAUAUCUUCAAAUUCAGACUGUUCUUUUUGUCUUAGCCCUGAAACAUUACUACACAUAGUAGCUGGAUGUCAGUUUUAUCUCGACCGAUUUACGUGGAGACACAAUUCAGUCCUAAACUUUCUUGCUCAUCAGUUACAAACUGUUGACGGUUCUACUCUCUACGCUGAUCUAAAUGGAUUCAAAAGCCCUUCAAUACUUACUGGUGAUACGUAUCGCCCAGAUUUGUUAUUAUCGUGCUCAAAUGGUUCCUUAUAUGUGGUUGAACUCACCACUGGUUAUGAGACAAACCUCAAAAACAAUGUAAAACGGAAGAAGGAUAAAUAUAGAGAAUUAUUGAGACAGCUAG